UCCCCUCCUAACCUCUUCACAUGGAAAUUGGCUGCUCGGGCACAUGCUGUUUUUCUCCCAAGCCGUGUGUCAGGGGGGCUAUUAACACUCGCUCUUGCAGCCGGUUCCCCGGGCCAUUUGGGAUGUGCACGCGUUCACACCAGCGCACGGCCCGCGGUGCCUUCACGCGCUGCCGUUUUGUUUAUGUGGAGCUGGGGGCAGCCGGGGUGCGAAGGUCUGCAAGCGCAGCGGGCCGUGGGGACUAGAUAAAGCCCGGCUGCCACGCCGAAGCGGUCGCGCUGCCAUGGACGCCGCCGAGAGCGCCGAGCGCGCGCACAGCCCAGCGUGCCCAUCCCCGCGCAGCCUCAACCCGCCGCCAACGCAGCCUGGGUACCUAUCAGCUCGGAUCCGUCCCCGCGCACUCUCCACCCUCGCCCCGUGCCCGCCGCUGCCCGCGGAGCCAGAGGACCGCCUGGCCCCGGCUCAGCCCCACGCACCCUCCACCUCAGCCCUCGCCCUGUGCCCGCUGCCCUUGCCCGUGCCCAGUGUCCGUGCUCCGUCCUAGUUGUGUCUGGUGGCCGGGCUCACGUUUUUUAUGCGUGGCUUGCGCUUGCCAUCCUGCAGGUCGGAGGGCUUCUGGAGACCUUGGCUUCGAACCCCAGGCGAGAAAGAGGAGCGGGCGGAGCCCCAUGCUGCAGAGGCGUUGCCCAGUGGCCCUGAAGUGACUGAAGCCUCGGGGAAGCCUUCUCAAUACCGACACCCUGUCAGACUGUUCUGGCCCAAGUCCAAGUGUUAUGAUUACUUAUAUCAAGAAGCAGAAACUCUUCUGAAAAAUUUCCCAAUUCAAGCUACGAUUUCGUUUUACGAAGAUUCUGAUAGUGAAGAUGAAAUUGAGGGGCUGGCAUGUGAAAAUCAGUCUAAUUAGUUACUUCUCGUGACAUAUGAACUGUGGAGGAUUUGACUUUUGUGUAUAA